UUUCCACCUCCAGCAUAUCGGUUUCCGACCUCCUGAAACGCGCCACUCCCGCCCCCUCCUCUACCACCGCCAAAGGGACUCUCUGUGAAAGUGAAAUGACGUACUUGGGAUACGAGAGAUGGCUUCCCAGUCCUCCCAAGGUGGAGAAGCCUCGUUCUGUUUUCAACGCGGCAUCGUUGGCUUACAUUGGAGACUGCAUUUACGAGUUAUAUGCUCGAAGACACUUUCUUGUUCCUCCUCUGAAUAUUGAAGAAUACAAUGAUCGUGUGACGGCAGUUGUGCGUUGUGAGGCCCAAGAUGCGAUGCUGCAAAAACUUAUUAAUGAUGAUUUCUUGUCAGAACAAGAAAGGGAUGUGCUUCGUUGGGGGAAAAAUGUUGGUUCAUCAAAAACAAGGACCAAAAAGCGUGCUGGGGUGGCUGUUUACAACAGGGCCUCUUCACUGGAAACUCUUGUUAGUUGGCUUCUGUAUCUGACAAAUGUUGAACGUUUAGAGGAGAUCAUGCUGAUGUUGGGCUUCUGUUCUGGUGCUUCUGACCAGUCAAUUCCAAAGGAAGAAGACAGCAACUAGAAUUGCGGGUUAUGUGAAUUUUCAAUGUCGCAGACAAUGGCAAUUUGGCGAUGGUGAUGACGAAAGACAAUCUCUUUUGCUCCAAAUUCUCAUAGUUGGCCCUUUUUACUUCUGCAUUGCCUGAUGGCAUAGAACAAUUUGAACGUUUGUUGAUAUUUUGGUACAGCUCCUUUUUGCACAUUGGUGUUUCAGAACACAACUGUCAGAUGCCAAGAUCAACAUGAUAUAGGCUAUAGCCAGGACCAAAGUACCCAGUGCCCAGCUAUCGUCUGAACAUCACUACAGAAGUUGAAAAAUCCGAAGCGGAUCAUGCUUUAAACUCUGCUCGAAUAUGCUUUGGAAUUUCAGUGUUCACUUUUUCUUGUUUGUUAAAUAUUUAUGCGUGAUCCAAUUUCUUUUGCUACA